CCGCGCAUUGUCUUUCAAUUUCCCUCCAAAACCAGAAAACCAUCUUUCCUCUCUAUCCCUGCCGUUGCUGCCUUCACACUCACUUCAUCUGAAGCUCCUCCACCAGUGGACAUGGAGAUGGACAUUCCUCUCCCGGACGAGCUUGAAUUACUUGAAGCUAACUCUCACUUCUACCAAGACUACCUAGACCCUCCCUCACCCGAUCCCUACACUUUCUCGCCUCAACUACAACCGGAACAAUCACCUCCUGAAUCACCCUCCGCUCCCCAAAUUAACGACCACAACAAGCGCCCUAGAUCCGACGGUCCGGAUUCACCAAAUCAGGAAGACGCUGUCCUCUUCGACGAGAAGAGAAGCAAAAUCGACGAUGAUGCGGGAGAGGAGGUCGACGAUGAGGACUGGCUCCGGCAGGUGCAGGAUAGGAACGGCGGAAACGAGGAGGAGAGGGUGGAAGUUGUUGUCGAGGAGGAGGAGAAGGAGAAGAUCGUGUCUAGAUACUUGUCGGAGAUUGACGGCGAUUUUAUUCCAGUGACGGCGCCUAGUGGUGGCGAUAGGGUUUAUGCAAAAAUAUGCAGAGUCGAUGCGGAACAGGGAGCGAGGAAAUUGGAUUUCAAAUCGCAAUCAAAUGGUCUUAUAUCGGAACCAAUUAAUGUUCUUUUGCAAAGAAUGGAGCAAGAAGCUUUUACCAAGGCCUUGCAAGCUAGUUCUGAAGAUCAGAGUGAUGAGAUUCUUCCAGAAAGACAAGUGAUGCAUGAAAAAUUAUGGGUGGAAAAAUAUGCUCCAAAUUCAUUUACUGAGCUGCUUAGUGAUGAGCAGACAAAUCGCGAGGUCCUCUUAUGGUUUAAACAAUGGGAUUCUUGUGUUUUUGGAUCUGAUAUUAGGAGUACAUCAGAUGACAUUUUGUCCGCUUUAAGGCGUCAUUCUUCUAUCGCUCAACAUCCAAAAACUUCUGAUUCAACUUUCUUCAGCAAGAACAAAGGAAAUAUAUGGAGUAGAGGGAAUUUUAGACACUCUAAUAAUCUGGAGCAAGAAAAUAGUAAAUCAAAAGGAUUUCAGGACUCGUGGACCAAGAAGCCAAGGCCUACUGGUCCACCAGAACAGAAGAUCCUUUUGCUUUGUGGUCCCCCGGGGCUUGGAAAGACAACACUUGCACAUGUAGCUGCUAAGCAUUGUGGAUAUCGAGUUGUAGAGAUUAAUGCUAGUGAUGAUAGGUCUUCGUCAACGAUUGAAGCUAAGAUUCUUGAUGUGGUUCAGAUGAACUCUGUGAUGGCUGACUCAAGACCAAAAUGCCUGGUGAUUGAUGAAAUAGAUGGAGCACUUAGUGAUGGAAAAGGUGCUGUGGAGGUUCUUCUAAAAAUGGUCUCUUCUGAAAGGAAGUCGGAUACUGGGAAGGAAAAUGUCACUAAAGGAGAGCAAUCUGGAAGGGCAUCCUCAAAAAAGGGGCAGAAAACAGCAUCUCUGACGAGACCUGUGAUUUGCAUAUGCAAUGACAUAUAUGCACCUGCCUUAAGGCCAUUACGUCAGGUUGCAAAGGUCCAUCUAUUUGUUCAGCCGACUGUUAGCCGUAUUGUAAGCAGGCUCAAAUAUAUAUGUAACAAGGAGGGAAUGAAGACAAGUUCCAUUGCACUUGCCGCACUUGCAGAUUACACUGAAUGUGAUAUACGCUCAUGCUUGAACACCCUCCAGUUUCUUAACAAAAAGAGAGAAGUUCUUAACGUGCUGGAGAUCAGUUCCCAAGUGGUUGGUCGAAAGGACAUGUCAAGAAGUGUUUUUGAUAUUUGGAAGGAGAUUUUCCAAAAGCGAAAAAUGAAGCAGGAUAGAAAAUCUAAAAGUAGCUGUGGCAGCAUGAGCAAUGAAUUUGACUCUUUGCUCUCCCUUGUAUCUAAUCGUGGUGAUUAUGAUGUGAUUUUGGAUGGGAUCUAUGAAAACAUCUUGCAGCUCCAUUACCAUGAUCCAGUGAUGCAAAAGACAGUCAAGUGUUUCAAUAGUCUUGGUGUUUCUGAUGUGAUUCACCAAUAUAUUAUGCGUUCACAGCAAAUGCCCCUUUAUGCUUAUCAGCCUUGCAUUGCGAUUUCUGUACAUCAACAGGUAGCACAAAUUCAAAAACCAAAUAUUGAGUGGCCAAGGUCUUAUCAAAGAUACCGAACUGCAUUGAUGGAAAAGAUGGACAAGUUAAGGUCUUGGCAAAACAAAAUUCCACCACAUAUUUCAAGGCACUUGUCUACUAAAUCUUUUGUAGAAGACUCUGUUUCUCCCAUCUUACAUAUCAUCUCUCCUCCAACUCUAAGGCCGGUGGCAUUGCACUUAUUAACAGAAAGAGAGAAGAAUGAUCUAGUUCAGUUAGUGAGCACAAUGGUAUACUAUUCCAUGACAUAUAAGAAUAUCAAGUCAGAUCAUCUUUCCUGUAAGCAGGAAAACGAACCUGCUUUAGAUGCUGCGUUGCUUUCUGUUGAUCCUCCCAUUCAUGAAUUCAUUAACUUCAAGGGCUAUAGUUCUGGUCAUUAUGCGCUUCCGUUAGCCGUGAAGCAGGUUUUGGUGCAUGAGGUGGAAAAGCAUAAGAUUUUGCAAGCAAGUAGAUCUGUACAUUUAACAGAUGGGUGCAAUAAACAAAAUAUGUACUUGGUAGAGCGGGAGAGUGCAGUGCAGUCAGUCAAAAUUAACCAUGCAGCUGCAUUUUCUGGUAACAGCAUCGGUAAUAAAAAAAGCAUGAUAAAUUCUGGGCAAUGUGUUCCAAGUGAAUCAGCAACGUCUCUGAUCAUGGAUUCCAGUACAAGGGCCUUGUCCAAUGUAAAGCUGAAAUCCUCAGGAAAUCCAAAGAAGCCUCCUAGAAGCUCUACCAGCUUCUUUGACAGGUUUAGGAAAGCAAACAGUAAAGGUUCCCAAAGCACUGACAGUGCUGGAUGGAAGACAACCACCUUGGAAAGAGAUUCACGUCCUCUGAUAUUCAAAUAUAAUGAGGGUUUUACAAAUGCUGUAAAAAGGCCAGUACGGAUGCGUGAAUUUCUGCUAUGAUUAAUGCAGUGCCUGGAGGCAAUAAGACAGCAGUGCCCAUUUGAAAUCACAAUGUAAAGUUCCAUGUGUUCAUUCCUUGCCUUCUCAAACCUGUGCAGUCCAUAAUGUGUUCUUAUAAAGUAAUAUAUGAACUUUCUUAAUCCUUUGGGACGCUGUUUAGCCACAUGUACUUGACAUCGCUACUUGAGCUGUAGGCUGGUGAGCUGAUACAAUCUGUCAGUUUUAUCAGUGAUUUGAUAGGAGCCAAAAUAGACGUCUAUAGUGUUGUUCAGGUCACAGCAGUUUUGGUGAUUUUAAUACCUGGAAA